AUGGUGCCGAAUUCUGGUGGCGGUGGUGAAGCAGGAGGUGGAUCCACUUCCGCGUUGGACCAGGCCAUGGCGGCAACGUUGGCGGCGAUGACUGGUGGCCCUGGCCCUCGACAGGGCAGACUACGCGGCGCUGAUCAACGUGGCGGAGAUAGUGACUCUUCGAGCGAUUCUGAAGAUGAUAAGAUCAAGCAACCCAUGGAUCGCAAGAAAGCGAUUGAAGUUUUCAAAGAGCUGCUGAAGGAGAAGGCAAGAAACAUCUGCAGACUGGCGCUAGUCUUCAGACCUCAGAAUGUCCCGAGCACGGCGAGUUGGGAAGGCGCCUUUAAGAUGGUGCAAGACGACCCUCGCUUCAACGUCCUCGCCAAACAACACGAGAAGAAGCAAGCCUGGAACGCGUACAAGAUCCAAAAGGCGAAGGACGAGCGCGAAGAGCAACGCCUCAAGGCCAAGCGGGCCCGCGAAGACUUCGAGCAAUUCCUCUCCAACAACUCGGAAAUGCACUCCACGGUCAAGUACUACAAGUGCGAACAGAAAUUCGGUCAAUUGGACGUCUGGAAAAACGUCCCGGAAGCCACGAGACGAGAGAUCUACGACGACGUCGUUUUCAACCUCGGCAAAGUGGAGAAGGAACGCGCCAAACAACUCAGAAAGCGGAACAUGAAGACCCUCGCUGAGCUCUUUGACUCCAUGGUGGAGAUCACGUACAAGACAACGUGGAAAUCCGCGCAGGUGCUGGUCAUUGAGAAUGAAACGUUCAAGAACGACGACGGACUGCGGGAAAUGGAUCUCGAAGACGCCUUGGUCGUGUUUGAAGAACACAUUCGCCAGCUGGAGCAAGAAGAGCACGAGGAACGCGAGCGGGAAAAGCGGGUGCAGCGACGAGUGCAAAGGAAGAAUCGGGAGAAGUUUCUGGAGUUGCUCGAGGAGUAUCACGAAAAGGGACAAUUGACUUCCAUGUCGCUGUGGUCGGAGCUUUGCGGGGUGUUUAAAGAGGACGAGCGAUUUCUGGCCAUGCUGGGACAGCCCGGGUCCACGCCCCUGGAUUUGUUCAAGUUUGCAGUGGAGGAAAGAAAGGCGAGAUUCCACGAUGAGAAGAGGAUCAUCAAGGAGAUCCUGAAGGAGAAGUCGUUUGUGGCUGAAGCACGGGAGAAAGAGCGUCUGAAAGAAGAAGCGAGGAAAGCCAAGAAAGUGGCGGCGGACUUCAAACAGAUGCUCAAAACGGAAGGCAUUGACGAGAAGUCUUCUUGGGAAACCGUGAGGGAGAAGAUCGAAAAUCAACCGGCCUUCGUCUCUGUUCCUGUCGAAUCCGAGCGUGUCCGGAUUUUCAAAGAAUACAUAGACCAUUUGAGUGCUUCGGCGCCGAAGAAGAAGAAGCGGAAGGCCGAUCGGUCCCGGUCUCGGUCUGGGUCAUUAUCGCCAAUCUCUGACGGGGAAUCCGACCUGGAAAACGUCGGCUCCAAGUCUCGGAAAUCCCGGAGUCGCCGAUCGCGUUCUCGAAAUGAAAACUGGUCGUUACAGAGCGACUCGAGCGAGGAGCGAAUUUCCAGGAGGCGGAGAAGGGAGAAGUCCAGCUCGAAAUCUAGUGCGAGAAGACCGAAGGUGGAUGCGGAAGAAGGGGAAGUUCCUGACUUUUGA